AUCUCACUCAAAUUCAUUUAAUUCGUAUCGAUUAAUCGUGUCGUAUCGAAGGUUAACAACCCUACAUCUAUGCUUACACCCCAACUAAUCCCGGUGUUUUUGAGGAAGAAGUUUCAAUCCCUAUUAUUGAUUUUUCCUUGCUCACCUCUGCUGUUCCUGAACAGCGCUCCAAAGCCAUACAAGACCUUGACAAAGCCUGUCAAGAAUGGGGCCUCUCCAUGGUGAUCAAUCAUGGUGUACCUGAGUGUCUGCUGAAGGGGAUCAUCGAUGCGAGUACGGAAUUUUUCAAUCUUAAAAAGAAGGAGAAAAAGGAGUUUGCAGGAAAGAAAAGUUUAGACCCAAUCAAGUGCGGUACAAGCUUGACUACUUCAAACGGCAAAAUUUUCUUGUGGAGAGAUUUUCUAAAGCUCUUUGUGCAGCCGGAUCAGUUUCUCUAUCCCAACAAACCUAUAGGUUUGAGCGCUCCAAAGCCAUACAAGACCUUGACAAAGCCUGUCAAGAAUGGGGCCUCUCCAUGGUGA